GCAGUUGCUUCCCUUAAGUUUGUUGACAAAUCACAACCACUGGGAUGGCUGCUGUAGCUGAUGAUGAAGAUUUUAUUUAUGAUGACUUAUUGAAUGCAUCCAUUCCCAAUACAUUUUCACCAGAAAUCCAGGAAGCAAUAGAUCAGGUAUUGCCAAGUGAUGAUCCAUUAGACAGAGCCGAUUUUAAUCCAAUAGACUACAUCAACACACUGUUUCCAACUGAGCAGUCCCUGGCUAAUAUUGAUGAUGUUGUUGGCAAGAUAAGAUAUAAAAUCAGGAGCCUUGAUGAUGAUAUCCGUUUAGUUGUAAGAGGUCAGACCAAUGUUGGAGAGAGUGGGAGGCAGUCAUUAGAAGAGGCACAGAAAGCAAUACAGGAAUUGUUUGCCAAGAUAAAAGAUAUCAAAGAUAAAGCUGAGAAGUCAGAAGAAAUGGUUAAAGAAAUUACAAGAGAUAUCAAACAACUUGACCAUGCAAAGAAGAAUUUGACAUCAUCAAUAACAACACUAAACCAUUUACAUAUGUUAGUAGGAGGUGUAGAUUCUCUAACGUUACUAACCAAGAGAAGACAAUAUGGAGAAGUAGCUAAUCUGUUACAGGGUGUUCUCAACGUCCAGGAACAUUUUGAUAGAUACAUGUCUAUUCCUCAGAUCAAACAACUGUCUGACAGAGUAAAGCAGAUACAAGGUGAACUAGGCACACAAAUACAAUCUGAUUUUGAAGAGGCAUUUCAGGGGGCUGGAGCUAAGUAUGGUCCAGGAAAUCAGAGACAGUUAAAGGAAGCCUGCCUUGUAGUUAGUGUAUUAGAUCCAAGAGUAAAGAAAGAUCUCCUGAACUGGUUUGUCAAACUUCAGCUGUCAGAAUACCUGGUAUUAUUUGGAGAAAAUCAAGAUGUGGCCUGGUUGGAUAAGAUAGACAGAAGAUAUGCCUGGAUAAAGAGAACAUUAGUGGACUUUGAAGAAAAGUUUGGUCAUUUGUUUCCAUCUGACUGGGAAGUUAGUGAAAGAAUAUGUGUGGAAUUUUGUGAUUUAACCAGAAAAGAGCUUUCAAAGAUUAUGACAAAGAGGAAGGUUGAGAUAGAUGUAAAGCUGUUAUUGUUUGCUAUACAAAGGACAACAAACUUUGAGACCUUAUUGGCCAAAAGAUUUACUGGUGUUACAUUACAAGAGUUUCAGGGAAAGAAAUCAGUGAGUGUUGCUCCACCAACAUCUAAUCCAUUUGAGGAGGAAUCUUCUAAUCCAUUUGAAAGUGAUAUGGAAAAUGAAGAGAAGACACAAUCAGAUGACAACAAGGAUAGUGAAAAGAACACAUCCUCUCCUUUUGGUGGUAUUAUAUCCCAAUGUUUUGAGACACAUCUGGACAUCUAUAUUGAUUCACAAGAUAGGAAUCUAUCAGAGUUAGUAAACAGAUUCUUAGAAGAUCUCCGACAGUUUGGAACACCUCAAAUGGAGUCUGAGGACAGUAGUAAUGUAUUACCUAGCUGUGCCGAUUUGUUUGUAUUUUAUAAAAAGUGUAUGGUGCAGUGUUCACAGCUAAGUAAUGGACAACCUAUGAUAGACCUAACAAGGACAUUCCAAAAAUACCUAAAAGAAUAUUCCAACAGAGUUCUGCUUAAUUCUUUACCAAAACAAAGUAAAGAGGGGACCAGUUCAGCCUCUGGUAUAUUACAAAGUAUUCUGAAGGAAGGGGAGAUAACUAAGUUUACAGAGGAAGAGCAAUGUAGAAUUUGUAGUAUCUUAUGUACAGCUGAAUAUUGUAUGGAAACUACACAACAGCUGGAGGAGAAACUGAAAGAGAAAGUAGAUCCAGGUCUAACCAGUCAGAUUGACCUGAAUCCAGAACAAGACACAUUCCAUAAUGUGAUUUCAAGUUGUAUACAGUUACUUGUACAGGACUUAGAAACAGCUUGUGAGCCAGCUCUUACAGCCAUGAGUAAGAUGUCAUGGUCAUCAGUAGAAGCUGUUGGGGACCAGAGUGGAUAUGUGUCUGCUGUGACUACACAUCUGAAACAAAAUAUACCAAUCAUCAGGGAUAACUUAGCUUCAUCUAGAAAAUUCUUCACUCAGUUCUGUUUAAAGUUUGUAAACACAUUUAUUCCAAAAUUCAUCAACAACUUAUUCCGAUGUAAAUCUAUCAAUACAGUGGCAGCUGAACAGUUAUUACUAGAUACCCAUUCCCUGAAAACAGUUUUAUUAGAUCUUCCAUCACUAGGUUCACAGGUCAUAAGGAAAGCUCCAGCAAGUUACACUAAGAUUGUCGUUAAAGGUAUGACUAAAGCAGAAAUGAUUCUUAAGGUUGUGAUGUCACCACAUGAACAGCCUCAAGGUUUUGUAGAUAAUUACAUCAGAUUAUUAAGUGAUUCAGAUAUUAAUGAAUUCCAGAAAGUUUUAGAAAUGAAGGGAUUACGACGAGGUGAACAGAGUAACUUAUUAGAGAUUUACAGAGCAAGAAUACCGAUAUCAUCUAUACUGGGUAGUGCUAAUGAUCAGACACCAGUCACUUCAGCUCCCGAUCAGGAGUCUAGUCGAAUAAGAAAACUAGAAAAAUUAAUUAAAAAGAGAUUGUAGUUGAUACAAAUUUUAGGGUUAUUUUUAAGUUGUGAUUUAUAUGAAAAGAAUGUUGUUUUCUAAUGGCAUUAAGGAGUAAACUGGCUAGAGAAUAUAUUCAUUCAUUUAUCUUUUUUUGUAAAACGAGAAAACUAAAGUGUGUAAAAAUUUUAAAAAUUGGGACACCCAACUUCUUGUUAUAAUCCUAGUUUAAACUUUCUAUUAAAAGGGAAAUUUUGGCAAAUCUUUUAAUAAAAAAUUUCAAAUUACCAAUUAUAUUCACAAAUGGAUUCUCUAAACUUAUUAUUGUCAGAUAUUAUACUCUUUUUAAAAUAUUAUUAAUAAUUCUUGCAAGAAGCACAACCAUAUAGAGAUAAUACACAAAUCAAAGUGCUUGAUAAAAAUGUGCAAUAUGUUUUAUUUGAAUCAAUUAUAGUAAGGUCUGGUAAUUUACUUUGUCUGAUAAUUUUGUGAAUAGUAUUGACGUUAUGUUUAUUGAACUAACUUAUACAUUGUGUAGGGAGUUGUAUAUUUGAUAGAAGUUAUCUUUAAUGAACUAAUUUAUAGGACAGACUAUAUUGCCGGCCAGUAUUGUAAUGGUGAACUUACUUUAGGAUCUGUGAGAUUGUUAUGAUGAAUUGUAAUUAUAUCACUAAAUUAUUUCUUAUAGAAAUAUA